CAGGCCGUUUCAAAAUCAAACGCACGCUAAGCGAGCUUACAGGGAGCUAGUCCUCAUGAAGUGUGUGAACCACAAAAAUAUUAUCAGUUUAUUAAAUGUCUUCACACCACAGAAAUCGCUGGAGGAAUUCCAGGAUGUUUAUUUAGUAAUGGAGCUGAUGGAUGCCAACUUGUGCCAGGUGAUUCAAAUGGAGCUAGAUCACGAGCGAAUGUCUUACCUGCUGUACCAAAUGCUUUGUGGCAUCAAGCACCUUCAUUCCGCAGGAAUCAUACACAGGGAUUUAAAACCAAGUAAUAUUGUGGUAAAAUCUGACUGCACAUUGAAGAUUCUGGAUUUUGGACUGGCCAGGACAGCGGGCACUAGCUUCAUGAUGACUCCAUAUGUGGUCACGCGUUAUUACAGAGCACCAGAGGUCAUCUUGGGAAUGGGCUACAAGGAGAAUGUGGAUAUAUGGUCAGUAGGAUGCAUUAUGGGAGAAAUGGUGCGCCACAAAAUCCUCUUUCCAGGAAGGGACUAUAUUGACCAGUGGAAUAAGGUAAUCGAACAGCUGGGAACACCUUGCCCGGAAUUCAUGAAGAAACUCCAGCCCACAGUGCGGAACUACGUGGAAAACCGACCUAAAUACGCCGGCCUAACUUUCCCCAAACUCUUCCCAGACUCUCUCUUUCCAGCCGAUUCAGAACACAACAAACUCAAAGCUAGCCAAGCCAGGGACCUUUUGUCAAAGAUGCUAGUGAUUGACCCAGCCAAGCGGAUAUCAGUGGACGAAGCCUUGCAGCAUCCGUACAUUAAUGUUUGGUAUGACCCAGCAGAAGUGGAGGCGCCACCUCCGCAGAUAUAUGAUAAGCAGCUGGAUGAAAGAGAACACACAAUCGAAGAGUGGAAAGAAUUAAUCUACAAGGAAGUAAUGAAUUCUGAAGAAAAGACUAAAAACGGCGUAGUAAAAGGACAGCCUUCUCCUUCAGGUGCAGCAGUGAACAGCAGCGACAGCCUCCCUCCGUCCUCAUCUGUCAAUGACAUUUCCUCCAUGUCCACAGACCAGACCCUGGCAUCGGACACUGACAGCAGUUUGGAAGCUUCUGCAGGACCCCUCGGUUGUUGCAGGUGA